AUCGCCACUUCAUGCACCGUUGGCUCGUCAAUAAUUAAUCUAUUUUGGGCGGAUCAACAGAAGAACUACUAGAGAGCCUCGUUUAGUCUAUCGCAGGUCGAUACGUGAAGUGGUUGGUCUCUAGUUUCGAUCCUGCCCCCCUCCCUUUGCCAGAUUUGUUUGCCAAACGGGAAACAUGAUGGGAACCGCGGUCAAGUACGUCGCAGCCCUCAACGUCGAUACGAAGCUGGUCAAGUGUUUCGUUUACGCAGUGUUCCGGGAAUCAUCGCGCGUUGAAGUCGUCGGGUCGGCAUACGAUCAUAUUGAAUUCGUCUACCCAGCGAUAGGACGUUUGGAAAUAGAUCCCGCGAAGCUAUGGAGUUGUGUAAUCACCACGAUCAAGACCGCGUUCGAAGAGGCCAACCUAACCGCUGACCAAAUCGCUUUCCUCGCGAUUUCCUGCCACCAGGGUUCGUUCACAUGUUGGAAUCGUUCGAAUGGAAUGGUGUACCACAACUUUAUCACCGCCCAAGAUCUUCGUGCCGAUCAGAUGACCAAGGACUGCAACGAGAACUUUAUGUUCAAGGCGUUCAAGAGCAGUGCCAGCUUCCUGCACUGUUUCACCCGAAGUCAACGGUAUCUGAACCAGAGCCUGUACGAGGUGACCAACGAACAUGUGACCAUGCGUCUCGCGUGGAUGCUGGAAAACAGUCCCGGAAUCAUGCAAGAUCUGCCCUUUGGGAACGUACUGUUUGGAGGAAUCGACGCGUGGCUGCUGUACCGCUUCCGGCAGGGCAUCGAUCCGAACAAGAAGGUCGAACACAUUAGCGAUGUGACGAGCUGCGUAGCGACAGGAUUCUACGAUCCUUUCACGCAAGACUGGGCAGAUUGGGCCGCAAUGCUGUACCCGAUUGAGCGCCAAAUUCUUCCAAAAGUGGUAGACAACUCGUUUCAUUACGGCUUCGUGGACAAGUCUAUAUUUGGCAGUACAAUUAGAAUUGGAACUUCGAUUGCAAAUUCUUCAGCUGCCCUCUGGGGAACCUGCUGUUUCGAGAAAUCCGAACUAUACAUCAAAAUGGACACGGCUGCCGUACUCAACAUCGUCACCAAAGCCUCCUGUCUAGCAUCCACCAACGGAAUGACCCCAAUGAUCGCCCACAAAACGGUCCACCCAAUCUCAGACCACGAAGAGGUAGCCUACGUGCUGCAAAAGAUCUGCACCGAUUGCACGACGGUCGUUGACUGGGCGUUAAAAAUCGGUCUCUUCACCGAACCACGCGAGGGCUCCUCGAUGGCCAGUUCGGUGUCCGACUCCAACGGAGUAUUCUUCAUCCCAGCGUUCAGCGUGUUUGGCGUUCGCGACAUCACAGCCGGAUCGAGCUUCAUCGGCAUCAAGAAAUCAACCCGCAAGGAGCACCUCAUCCGCGCACUGUUCGAGAGUCUCGUGUACCGAAUCGCACUCCUCUACGUGAGUGCCCUCAAGGAAAUCGAAGCCCAAAAUCUGGAAGAAUUUACCAAAAUCAAGGUGGACGGAACCGUUUCCCAAAUCGACUUCAUCUGCCAAAUGCUGGCGGACACGGCAGGUUUGCCCGUUGAACGGAGCGAUACGGCGGACGCGUCGGCGCUGGGAGCCGUGUUCGUGGCCGGUAUCAACCUGGGAUUCUUUCGGAACAAACCGGAAGUGAUGCGCAUCCGGAAGGUGGACAAAACGUUCGCGCCAAAUCCGAACAACAAGCUGAAACUGCUGCGAAAUAUGCGCUCCUGGGAGGAAGUGGUGGAGAAGUUUAAGGUGUGAGGAUCGCGUGUUGAAUUGUGCCGGGAAUAAUCAUGUAAAUAUUUGGUUUUAACGAUACUUUGUAAGGAAAUGGUGAAAAUAAAGUCAAUCGGCUUGAGGUGAGAAAUUACGGAUUG